ACCCCCAGGGCCCCAACCCCUCCCCCGCUUUUCUCUUUUCAUUUUUACACACAAGUUCAUCGCAAUAUUUUCAUAUGUUUAUUUUGUUCCGGGUUUCGAACCGCUUCCAAUUCCGCCAGCUGUUAUCCGGCUGCUCCGUCCUUCGACCAAGCCGAUUCCCGGUCUUAACCCAACCAGCUCCGACGCCUUCUCACUCAGAUCCGAUCGGAUCAAUGAACCAAAGCCUAAAACCGAAAGAAAUGAAACAACUAGUCUCCGUCUUCGAUUCUUGCUCUCAGAGCUAGCUCCCAGCUGAAAAUUCAUUCCAAAUCGUUGCCUUUCCCCCCCAGAUUUUUCAUUUCUCCACUCGCUUCACGCUGAUUCAUCAGCUCGGAGCUUAAAAUCGGUUUUCCUCGAUCAAUUCUCUCUGUUCAUUCCAUCCCAAACGGUGUGGUCGCGAUGGGUAUUUCGAGCUGAGAGGUGAAAGGUCAAAGUUCGUUCUGCUUUUUCAAGCUAGAAACGAAAAGCGGUUACACGUUCUGCUUCUUCAAGCGGGCUUCCUUGAUCUGUUCGGGAAGCAGUUACACUGAUAAUUGCUUCUGAGCUUAAUAGCUCUUUGGUUUUCACGUUCAUUGUUAAAGCAGAGAGAGGGAGGGAUGACGUCGGGGAGUCGGCAGCCGACGUGGAAGGAGAGGGAGAACAACAAGAGGAGGGAGAGGCGGCGGAGGGCUAUAGCGGCGAAGAUCUUCGCCGGGCUGAGAAUGUAUGGCAACUACAAGCUCCCUAAACACUGCGAUAACAACGAGGUUCUCAAGGCCCUCUGCAACGAGGCCGGUUGGACUGUCGAACCCGACGGCACCACCUACCGUAAGGGAUGCAAGCCUGUUGAUCGCAUGGAAGUUAUUGGUGGAUCUGCAGCCGCAAGCCCGUGCUCAUCUUAUCAACCAAGUCCCUGUGCUUCAUACAACCCAAGCCCAGGCUCCUCUUCUUUCCCAAGCCCAGCCUCCUCCUCCUAUGCUGCUAAUCCGAAUGCUGAUGGCAGUUCGCUGAUCCCAUGGCUCAAAAAUCUCUCAUCUUCAUCAUCUUCAGCCUCCUCUUCCAAGUUCCCCCAUCUCUACAUCCAUAGCGGUUCAAUUAGUGCUCCUGUCACCCCUCCAUUGAGCUCCCCAACUGCUCGUACACCACGAUUCAAAAGUGAUUGGGACGACCAGUCUGCCCGUCCAGGCUGGGGUGGGCAGCAUUACUCCUUCCUUCCAUCUUCUACUCCGCCAAGCCCUGGACGUCAAAUUGUUCCUGAUCCAGAAUGGUUUGCUGGAAUUCGAAUGCCUCAGGGUGGGCCAACUUCUCCAACAUUCAGCCUUGUCUCUUCAAACCCAUUUGGCUUCAAGGAAGAUGCUUUAGCUGGUGGUGGAUCUCGCAUGUGGACUCCUGGACAAAGUGGGACAUGCUCACCUGCCAUAGCAGCUGGCUCUGACCACACUGCUGACAUUCCCAUGUCUGAAGUGAUUUCAGAUGAGUUUGCAUUCGGAAGCAACACAACAGGGCUAGUGAAGCCAUGGGAAGGAGAGAGGAUUCAUGAAGAAUGUGGAUCAGAUGAUCUAGAGCUCACUCUGGGGAGCUCAAAGACCAGGUAAAUGAUCGCACAAGUGAAACAAUCAGUGGUUGCUUUGUAUAAACUCUGAUCUAUUGAAUGAUCUAUUGAAGGAGGAGAAAAAAACAAGAUCGAGGUGAACACAAGCAGUAGGUCUUUUUUUUACUUUUCUUUCCUUGCUUCUCAGAUUUGUUGGUUUGUAAGUUAUAUAUAGGCAGUUCUUCAAGUGUGGGAGUGCUUUUACAACACUUAGACGUGGAGGUUCUCUGUUUCAACUAAUUCUAUUGAAAGGACUGAUAUACAUGUAUGGAUGAGCUGCCAUUAAUUUGGUUUGCCAUUGGAAGCAAUGCUCAAUGGCUAAACACCUCUUACUUUUGACUCAAUGGCCAAACCUGUUGUGAAAAUUUAGAUAGAAAAGACUGUUAUCUUGUCAUUUACAUUCUUUGACAUUAUAAUGUACUCUUCAUGCACUGGCAGACCUUUAUGUGAAAAUUUGGAUAGAGAAGACUUCUAUCUUGUCCUUUUAUA